UUAUCCUAUAAAAGAAGGGACGCAAGGACGUCAUUGAAUUUAGUAUCGAAUCGAACGUUAACUCGUUACAACAAUUGCAACGCGAAAAAGAAAAAGUUUAUUUUUUUGUGCAGUAUUUUCUUAAUCUCACCCACCCAUCUACGCGCUGUUGCUGCUGUUGCUGUUGCUACGACGCAUUAUUUUUGUCUAAAUCUAUUUCUUUGCGUGAUUACAAGAAAAUCAGAAAUUAUGUCCGAUAACUACUACGUCGACGAAUACGAGCACUUCAACUACGAUUACGACAAGCAUAUAUUUACUGGCCACGGUGGAAAACAACGUUCAAAACGCGAAGCCGACGCUCAUACUAAUCAUUUUGAUCCGAGCGGCCAUUCUAGAAAGAUUUUAACGAAGCUAAUGAAUUCCGAACAUAACAAAAGGCAACAAGGGAAGACCAAAGCGUAAAUCGUUGUGUUGGGUCUUUGACGUUGGGGCCGGCGCGUAUCUCGUAGGAGGGAUUAUCUAUCUCUCAUCCUUGAUACUUCCUUUCAUUACAAGAUUAUAUACGGACAUUUUCUCAACGAUUAAAAUUUCCAUGUUGUCGACAAAUGCAUUUAUUCAUCUAUCAGAAAAAAUUUUCAUUCGCAAUAAAAUUUUUAAGUAAGAUAGAUCGCCCGCGUUAUUAUAUUAUAUGAUAUCGGAAUAAUUAUUAUCAUUCAUUCUGUUUUUCAUAAUUUAUGACGCAACUGUCUAUCUUUCUUUCAUUUUAUUUUUAUUUUUAUUUUUGUCUUUAUCGGAUCUACUAUUAAUAUAAAUAUAUUCGAUUAU